CCGAACCUGAAGUUAAACCGAAAUGUCCGCCCCUAUAAUAAACAAUGUUGAGACGUGGUGCUUAAACAGUUAAAAGUCAAAACGUACGUCGCCAAACAUUUGAAAAAAGUGACCAACUAGUGGACCAAUUCUCUUCUUUUGCUUUCUUUAGAGUCAAGAAACAAAACAAAACAAAAAAAGUAACCCAUACCGCCAUAAGAAUAUCUAUCUAUAUAUACAAGACUAAUACAAGAGUUUAGUUUGUUAGUUGCAAGAACAUGAAAGCAGUGGUGAGCAAGUUGUAUUGUUCCUCGAUGGAGGAAGUGAUGGUGGUGAGACGACGGCCACACGUGGUUAACGGCGGUGGCUUUGUGGUGACAGAUUACAAAGAAAAGAUAGUUUUCAAGAUCGACGGUUGUGGAGUUCUUGGAACCAAAGGAGAGUUAGUUCUCAGAGAUAGUGAUGGCAACGAUUUGCUUCUCAUCCACAAAAAGGGAGGAGUGGUGCAGGCUUUGAGCAUUCAUAACAAGUGGAAAGGUUAUAGUUACGACUACCAAGGAAGUCCUAAACCGGUUUUCACGUUGAGGGAUCCCAAACACUCUUGCUUCUCCAUAACCAGUUCAAUCCGCAUCUCGGUUGGACCGGGGAAUUGCUACUUUGAUGUUAAAGGGUAUUUCCCGGAUAGGGAUUGUAGCAUCGUUGAUUCCAAAGGAAAUGUCAUUGCACAAGUAAAAGAAUGGAUUGGGAGUAGAGAUAUAUAUAAGGUGGUGACAAAACCAAGUGUGGAUAAAGCUUUUGUUUUUGGAGUAAUCGCGGUUCUUGACUAUAUAUAUGGUGAAUCUACAAGUUGUUGAUCCGCCCAUCACUAUCAUCUUCACAUUUCUGUGUUUGCUUGAGUCAUCGAUGUUGUUUUAUGUGUAAAUUAGUUAAUUAAUUAACUAUGUAACUGUUGUAUAUAGAUGCCGAGCAACUCUUACUUAUGUGCAUAUUAACUAAAUUAUACUAGUUAUCAAAGGACUCUCCAAUUUGUACGGUCGUUUAAAGUAUUCAAGUAAAAAUGAAAGUUAAACAUAUAUGACUUUGGC